GUAAUAGUCUUACUGGGUCAACAUGUCAUUGGAUUCUAAUAGCGAUACCGAAUUCGAGCUUGUUCCAAAGUUUCAAACUCAACCGACUAGGGGUGAUGCUCCAAAAUCUCCGGAAUUGGAAGAAGUAUCUACUGUAUCGGAUCUGCAAGAUGAAUUGAAAUCUCUUCGUUUGGAAAAUAAAGACUUAUACUCUUUGAUGGAACAACUCAAGAAAGAUAAUGACGAAAUGAAGAAAUCUUUGGAAAAAGUGAUGAAGAAUCAGGCGGAACUUGGGGAACUAGAAGAAAUUCGAGCUAUUGAGGAUGAUAAACGCAGUGAGAAACUGGCAACAGAGCUCGUAGCUAUUCGAGCCGACUGCUCAAGCUUGAAUCGCUCUGAAAGAGAGUGCAGAUAUGAUAUUGAAAGGAUCUUUGCGAAACUUGAAGAAGAGUCAUUCUUCAGUCUCCACGAGAAUCCAAUUCAACGAACAAUCAGUGGAACUUGGAAAGUAAUCAAGAUCAGCAAUUUCGAUGAAUUCUUUGCAGCUCAAGAUAUAUCUCAAUUCCAUGCUUUGAUAAUUAAGAAUCAAUGUUUGUACUUUAAAGUGAACAAACAUCAAGUGAAAACUCAAUCGUACCAUGAAAGAAGUUGGAAGCCACGUGCAAGAGAAGAAAUCCAUUAUUUUAAUUUUCCGAAUUCCCUGGGAGAAUUGUAUUCUGUGGAGAAGAAUAAGUUGAUUCUAACUGUAACACAAGAAGAAAAUGAUAAGAAAAAAGUGAUUUCUCGAGUUGAGAGAUCGGUUGUCGAUGGACAAAUGAAAGAAAUCUGGGAGAGAAAUGGAGUCAUUUGCGAGAGAAUCUUCAAGAAGAUUCCUGACCAGAGAGACUCACGUGCUUACCCAAGAAGCAUCUACGGAUCGGAGAGCCAGAAUAUUUAUUAUUAACUUUUUUUUUUUAAUUGCCUCCUCUCUAUAGAUUACUGUACCGCUUCUCAUGUUCCAAUAUAUAUUAAUAAAUCUAAUUAAUCCGU